AUUAUGGAUAUAACGCAAUAUGUUUAAAUACUUAUAUAUUCACGUCGUUAAUUUAAUAAUAUACUGCGCGUUCGUGGAUUUUAUUUCAAUGACGUUCCGUGCCCCGUAAUUUUUGCCCCUAUUUGUGAACGUCAAAAAGAAGUUCGCCGCUCUGUCAAAAUUUUGAAUACCUAUGAAUACAUUUAAGUGGAUUUAUUUGAUUUUAUCAAUUCAAGGUUAUACUACAUUUGUAAUUUAAUCAGUCUACUUUGCCUGCCCGUCGGCCCUCAACCCAGCUAAGCCACCUACCAGUGCCUGUGUUCAUUGUGCUCAUUUAGAUUUUAAAUAAAUUCGGCGAUGGCGUCGGCGAUGCUGAAACUUUUUAAGUCAGAACUCGCUCCAGUGUUUUGUGCGCAGUGGAAUAUUUGAGAUGAGGUUUCAUCAUGACUCUAUCAAUAAUUCACAUGAAGAUUUUGCGCAACACUCUUAAAAGAGAUUUAAAUGGGGGCAAUAUAAAUUAUUGUAAGUUACAAAAAUUCCAUAAUCAUUCUCACUGAUAAUAUGAUGAAGUUUUAUGAUUGAAAUCCUUUUGAGUCAUUGUGGAUUCUUGGUUCAGAAACUGAUAUUUAAAGCUACAUUAAAGUAGAUAUCUAUGUCUCAUUUACUUCUCCGUAAACACUAUAGCAGCUCAGCGCCAACAACCAAAUUAUUUAUUGAUGGACAAUUUCUAGAAUCAAAAACAAAUAACUGGAUUGAGCUAACCAAUCCUGCCACAAAUGAAGUAAUUGGAAGAGUACCAGAGACAACACAAGUGGAACUAAAUUCAGCCCUAGAAGCAGCAAAGAAGGCAUACAAAUCAUGGAGCCAAAGCACUAUUAUGACGCGGCAGCAGCUUAUGUUCAAAUUCGCUCGCCUGUUACGAGAAAACCAAAGCAGAUUGGCAGCAAAAAUAACAGAAGAACAGGGCAAAACGAUAGCUGAUGCUGAAGGAGAUGUACUAAGAGGCAUUCAAUUGGUAGAACAUUGCUGCAGUAUCACUACGUUACAACUAGGAGACUGUAUCCAGAACAUUGCAAAGGACAUGGACACUCACAGUUACAAAGUCCCACUCGGAGUCGUAGCUGGUGUGGCGGCAUUCAACUUCCCAGUAAUGAUCCCACUAUGGAUGUUCCCGCCGGCGCUGGUGACUGGCAAUACUUACCUCAUCAAACCCUCAGAGCAGGACCCCGGCGCCACGCUGAUGAUGAUGGAACUGCUUCAGGAGGCUGGUGCUCCGCCUGGAGUUGUCAAUGUUGUUCACGGAACACAUGACACAGUCAACUUCAUUUGCGACAACCCUGACAUUAAAGCGGUCUCUUUCGUCGGCGGAGACGCGGCCGGGAAACAUAUCUACACCAGGGCUUCCGCUGCAGGCAAGCGUGUACAAAGCAACAUGGGCGCUAAAAACCACGGCGUGAUAAUGCCAGAUGCAAACAAGGAACACACACUGAACCAGCUAGCAGGUGCGGCCUUCGGAGCGGCCGGGCAGAGGUGCAUGGCGCUCAGUACUGCUGUAUUUGUGGGAGAGGCUAAAGAUUGGAUCCCGGACUUAGUACAGCGUGCUCAAGCUCUGAAAGUUAACGCGGGUCAUGUUCCCGGAACUGAUGUUGGCCCAGUCAUCUCUGUUAGAGCCAAGGAGAGGAUUCUUAGGCUGGUUGAAUCAGGUAUCAAAGAUGGCGCCAAAAUUGUUCUCGACGGCCGAAACGUUAAAGUCCAAGGUUUCGAGAAGGGCAACUUCGUUGGCCCAACAAUACUCACUGAUGUCAAACCAAACAUGGAAUGCUACAAAGAAGAAAUCUUCGGCCCGGUCCUAGUUUGCUUAUUUGUAGACACCUUGGACGAUGCCAUACAACUAAUCAACUCAAAUCCUUACGGCAACGGUACUGCUGUGUUCACAACCAAUGGAGCAACUGCUAGGAAAUUCGCAUCAGAAAUCGAUGUAGGCCAAGUUGGGAUUAAUGUUCCUAUCCCUGUCCCACUAUCUAUGUUCUCUUUCACGGGUACCCGAGGCAGCUUUUUGGGUACAAAUCAUUUCUGCGGAAAACAGGGAAUCGACUUCUAUACCGAAUUGAAGACUGUCGUAUCUUUUUGGAGGCAGAGCGACGUAUCUCACACUAAAGCUGCUGUGGCUAUGCCCACUCAACAGUAAAUAAUUGGACAUGGGAAACAAUGCAUACAAUAUAUGAUUAUUUAUUAUUUCCAGUGCCAUAAUAUGUAAGUGAAAGUGUAAAAGCGCAUUUAUUUAUUUUUCUAAAAAUAUUAAGAGAUGUACACCGUUUUAUAGUGCUGUCUUUGGUCUCUAUAUUUCUGAUGAACCUACUACAGAGAUACUGUGACCUGAAAAUCACUUGUCAACCAAGGUGUAAACAGUUAGUUGCAGGUGCACCGAUACAGAGCCCGUUUUGAGUCAGUCUAUAGACAAAGCGCUAUUAAACGGUGCGCACCCCGUAAAGAUAGAGAUAUGUACUAUUUUGUUGUGGCCAUGUGGCACAUUGAUAAUAACAUCGAUAGACACUGUAUUUUUCUAAUUGCAAUGACGUCUUCCUUAAAUUGUGAUUGUAAAAAUCUUGUUUAUAUUUUAUUACAAUAUUUUUGUUUUACAAUAAAUGUUUUUAUUAGA